AUGAAGAAACAAGAGAGCACAUGCAUAUGCAUUAAAACAUUCCACCAUGAACGUACUCACUCACAACUUAUUAUAAUAUUUUGGUGUAACAGAGACUUUGAUGCGUUUGAUUUGAGACUGCGUCUUCCUGCCGUGGUUAGUACACUCUACAAAGCUGUUAAGCGAAACGGUGGAGUUACAUACGUCCACUGCACUGCUGGAAUUGGAAGGGCUCCUGCUGUUGCGUUGACAUACAUGUUCUGGGUGCAAGGCUAUAAAUUAAUGGAAGCUCACAGAUUACUUAUGAGCAAACGAACGUGCUCUCCAAACCUAGAUGCUAUCAGGAAUGCAACAAUUGAUAUUAUUACAGGACUCAAGAAGAAGCUUGUUACUCUCACACUGAAAGACAAGGGGUUCUCCACAGUAGAAGUUUCUGGCCUUGACAUUGGAUGGGGACAGAGGAUACCAUUGACACUGGACAAGGGAACAGGACUCUGGAGCCUAAAGAGAGAAUUGCCUGAAGGAAAGUUUGAGUAUAAAUAUAUCAUAGACGGUGAAUGGACACACAAUGAGCUGGAGCCGUUUACAGGACCUAACAAAGAUGGACAUACCAAUAAUUACGUAAAAGUGGUGGAUGAUCCAACGAGCGUGGAUGGUGUAACGAGGGAGAGGUUAUCGAGUGAAGACCCUGAGCUUUUGGAAGACGAACGCUUGAAGCUGAUCCAGUUCUUGGAGACUUGUUCUGAGACAGAUGGUUGA